UGCUGCGGUGGCGCCGGCGGGAGGCGGAGCGGGCGGAGGCCGGCGCGCAGGGCUGCCCCGAGCAGGACCUGUGUUGGCUUCAUCUGUGAAAUGGGCGUCUGAAUGGGUGAGCCCUGUGCGGAGGCCCCUCCAGGAGGAAGAUCUACGAUGAAAACCCACAGCAGGGGGAGGAAACCAGUGUUCUAGCUCAGAUCAGCAAACUCAGCAGCUCCCGGGUGGCUCACUGGACUAGCUGCUCCAGAGGAAAGAGCAGGUCGAGAUGACCACAGCUACCCCUUUGGGGAGUACCACCUUCUUCUCAUUGAACAUGACCACCAGAGGAGAAGACUUUCUGUACAAGAGUUCUGGAGCCAUCGUUGCUGCCAUUGUGGUGGUUGUCAUUAUCAUCUUCACCAUGGUUCUGAUCUUGCUGAAGAUGUACAACAGGAAAAUGAGGACAAGGCGGGAGCUGGAGCCCAAGGUCCCCAAGCCAGCCUCCCCUUCUGCCCAGGGCCCAAACAGCAACAGCAGCCAACACCCUGCAACUGUGACCUUCAGCCCUGUUGACGUCCAUGUGGAGACUCGGUGACCCCCCCAUCCUGGGUGCUGUCUCGGCCACUGUCCAAAGAGCCUUCAGUAAAGACCAAGAAGCACAUUCCUCCUGUGGCAGCUUCACUAUGAGUUUGUUCCGGUCAGGUCAACAGGGGCAUCUCUUAUGCAAUCCCUGAUGCUUCAGGCAACCCCCCAACCCCAUCCUGCCGGGCCCCACCCCAGGUACAUCCAUAUCCCUGCUGCCACCCUUCCAAAAAGCUGUGCUAUUUUGGGAAUCCACUGCUGUGGGUUUAGCUGUCUCCCCCCAAACACAACAGCUAGACAGACAGACAGACAGGCAGGCAGAUAGCCCAGGAGUCUUCUGGUCAGGAGUCAGGGAUCAGGGCAUGUUCCUGAGAGGGUCUGUCCUGAGGUCAUAUCAGAGGAAGGGCCAUAUCCACAGCUUUGUAGAGCAAAAUAGCCAAUCUCAUCAUCAGGCACAGGGGAACUAACUGGGACUAACUCACCAAAAAAAAAAAAAAACCCAGCUUGUUAAUUUAUAACUUGUUCCAGUGCUAAAUGACCGCUAGCUAGCUCAUGAUGAUGGAUCAGCACAUUUCUCCCUCUUAAAGAAAGGUUUUGGGAACAACUGGAUUCUUCUGCAAAGGUGUCUACUUCUUUAGUAAAGAGUCAAAGUCAAAGACAUAGGAUGACCUUGAGGAAGAAUGGCAUCUAGGAUGAAAGCUUGUUGUAGUAUCCAUGGGCCUAGAAUGAGCCUGGUGUCUGGUCAGGGCCCCCC